UAGCUGCCAAGAUCUUCAUUUAUUUUAUCGAGAUUUUUCAUUUUCAUUAAACUGAGUGGGUCUUGCUCUUGGAUGGAUCAUCAUUAAGAAAGAAGCAUGUAUCGGAUUUCUAAAAUCGAGUCUUCUAGGCAUUUCUAUUGUAUGAGGGCCAGUUUUCAUUAUUUCUUUAGACAUGAUCAUUGAUUUAGAAAUUAAAUUUUGCUAUUAACUGUUGCCGCUGAAAUUUUGAAGACUGGCUAUUGAUGAUGUGUUAUAUUUCUGCUGAAUCUUGUAGCGCCAUACAUUAUUUAAAAUCCUGUUUUUCUCGUUGUUUGUGUAAGCAAAAAAAAAUCUGCUUAUGUUUCUUCUCAAGUGUGAAUGUACGGAGCCAUUACAAGAGCUACCGCUUUCUUUAUCUAAUGGGUGACUUGAAGUAGACAACAAUCUGCUGUAACAUGCUUGGAUAGAAUAUUUAUUCAUAACAUACUCCUUUUCCUAUUUGCUUAGCCAUAGGCACUGGAUGAUUAGUAGCCUGAAUUGAUGUGAGAUGCAGCGGUCACGUAGAGCUCUUCUUCAGAGAAGAGCAUUGGAGAAAACUACCAGUGGGAGGAACCGCUUGUAUCUGUUUUCUCUGUCUAUACUUCUUGUUUUGUGGGGGCUUUUCUUCCUGUUUAGCUUAUGGAUCAGACAGGGCAAAGGCCGUACAGAUGGUUGUACUGCACUACCAGAUAGCAUAUCAACUUGGAACGAAUCCAAGUAUGCAAAUUACAAGCAUUCUGAUAUAAUUAAUGAAAGUCAUCAGAAUAAAAAUGGUUCAUUUGUCCCUUUAAAGGAUUGCUUCAUAGACAGUGCAAAAUCUAGAGGCUUUGACGAUGAUAUCUUUGCUCAAGAAGAAAAUGUAAACAAUGUCAAUUUUGAUGAGAAUGUACAUCAUUUUCUUGCUUUUAGAGAGCAUCCCGAUGAGGAGAAAUAUGGUUUAGGAGGGAAUUUAAAAAGUGUUUCUCUAAAGGCUGAUCGCCUAUCUCAAGUUUUACCCCUUGGUCUCGAAGUUUUCAAAAGCAGAGCAUUUAUCUCCAAAACCAAAACUAGAGCUGAUCAAGUGGAAAGUACUAUGCAUAGGCUAGAGCCUGGGGGUGCAGAAUACAAUUAUGCAGCUGCUUCAAAGGGGGCAAAGGUAUUGGGUUUUAACAAGGAAGCCAAGGGAGCCUCAGAUAUAUUAGAAAGGGACACGGACAAGUACCUCAGAAAUCCAUGUUCUGCUGAGGAAAAAUUUGUUGCCUUGGAACUUUCUGAAGAAACCUUAGUGCGUACAAUUAAAAUUGCUAAUUUUGAGCACCACUCUUCCAAUUUGAAGGAAUUUGAGGUGCUAGGAAGUUCAGUUUAUCCUACGGAUGUUUGGGUGAAGCUUGGAAACUUUACAGCUGCAAAUGCAAAGUAUGCUCAAAGGUUUGUCCUAGAGGAGCCGAAAUGGGUGCGGUACCUGAAGUUAAGACUUUCGAGUCAUCAUGGUUCAGAAUUCUACUGUACACUGAGUGUUUUUGAAGUUUAUGGAGUGGAUGCUGUUGAGGAAAUGCUGGAGGAUUUAGUUUCUGUCCAUGAUACUUCUUUUAUAUCAACAGAACUUUCUGCUGACGAUGAACCAAUGGCAAAGUCCAACAGUGAACGUCAUAAUGAUGAUGGAGAAAUAUCCUCUAUAAGAGAUGAUGCUGAUAUUGUCCAAGAAAUUGUUAUUCGAGAUUUGCCUGAUCGGUUUCAAGAACUGCGCCACCAUCAAGCAGGCAGGAUGCCUGGGGACACUGUCCUUAAGAUACUAAUGCACAAAGUUCGGUCCUCUGAUUUAAAUUUAUCUAUAUUGGAGCGGUAUUUGGAAGAACUAAAUUCCAAAUAUGGAAAUAUUUUCAAACAGUUUGAUGACGAUAUUAGAGAAAAUGACGUGCUUCUAGAAAAGAGUCAAGAAGACAUAAGGAAUCUCCUCAGAAGCCAGGAAGCUACUGAUAAAGAUGUUAGUGAUCUCAUUUCCUGGACGACCCUUAUUUCUCUGCAGUUGGAUAAUCUACUCAGAAACAAUGCUAUUCUCAGAUCCGAGGUCGAGAAGGUUCGGGAGAAACAGACUUCUCUAGAGGACCAAGGCGCUGCGGUGGUCUUUGUAUGUAUGAUUUUUUUAUUGUUUGUUUUUACGAGGCUGUUCGUAGAUAUGGUGGUUAGUGUUUAUACAGUAACAAGUAUGGAAAGGAGGAGCAAAUCUGGGAAAUUUUGUAUGAAUACUUCCUGGAUUUUCUUGCUGCUAAGCUGUAGCAUCAUCAUUUUCAUACUUUUUUAGUUGUCUUGGCGAGUAAUGUACCCACACUUUCACAUUUUUACUAGUGAAGGUAAGAAAGAGAUUGAACACAA